AAAAUUAUAUUCACGGUGCGGCACUACCUGCCGCCGGUGGUACCAUUUUUAUAGCAGAAAGUUCCGAUACCCAGAAUCCCAUACUUCUUUUCCUUUAAACAAAUACUAUAAAAGCUUUCAGCUUUCGCAAUCUUAUAGACGUGAAAUUGAUGUAACUAAGGAAAGCGUGCAUCUAAAAUGAGUGUUAAUGCAGGAAGAUCCUGAAAACAUGUUGUUGUGUAGAAAAGGUUCGAGGAACAACGACGCGGGGACAGUGCCGGUUUACCUUAACGUGUACGAUCUGACACCAUUUAAUGGGUAUGCUUACUGGGUUGGCCUCGGAGUUUACCAUUCUGGGGUACAAGUCCACGGUGUUGAGUAUGCAUUUGGAGCUCAUGAGUAUCCAACGACUGGAAUUUUUGAAGGGGAACCAAAACAGUGUGAUGGAUUUACAUUUAGGAAGACAGUUUUGAUUGGAAAAACUGAUAUGGGGCCAGGGGAGGUGAGAGCAGUCAUGGAGGAGGAGCUGGCAGGGGAGUACAGAGGGAAUGCAUACAAUUUGAUUACCAAAAACUGCAACCAUUUUUGCAAUGAUGCUUGCAUUAGACUCACUGGAAAUCCAAUCCCAAGUUGGGUUAAUCGGCUUGCUAGAAUCGGAUUUCUUUGCAAUUGCGUUCUUCCAGUGACUUUAAAUUCAACUAAAGUUGGGCAUCACAGAAUAGAAGAUAAGCCAUGCGAAGAAGAAAAGAAGAAAAUCAGAAGCGACUCAAACAGAGUCACUUCUUCUAAUUCUUCUUCCUCUUCAUCAUCGUCCCCUUCUAGCACUACAAUCCGCAGAGGUAGAAGCAGAAGCAGACGUGCUCUUCCUCCAUCUUCGCCUUUGAUUCUCAGUUCUUCAUCUUGAUGGUCAAUAUUUGAAGAUCAAUUUUUAAUUUGGAAAGGAAAAAAACAAAAAAAACAAAAAAACUCAGAAAAAUGAGGCAAAAUCAAAAUUUUUUUUUUUUGGUCAUUCUUUUCAUGGGGUCUUAUAAUGCCAACAUCUUCUUGUGAUAUGCAACAAAUACCUGAACAGGUGUAUGCUUUUGUUCUUUUUUGGGGGCAAGUCAUGAAAUGUCUAUGCAACAUUGUCAUAGUUGAACUCGAUUUGUUUGGUUUUCUUAUAGCUGAACAGCAUUGCCUUGGCGAAAUUUGAUGAUGUAAGGGAUAAUCACACCAUAUCAAGUGUGGUCAUCCUCACUCCAAAUCAUCUCCAUGGAAGGUGAUAACUUCCAUGGAGGUCAUGAAAAGAGAAACAAUGCAACUCUAGGUGAAGAGUUGCAUUGCAUUCUAUAAAUAUGGAAUGGGGUUAGAAAGUUUAAUACACAAUUUCAUUCUGAAAAA